AUGAUUCCUACAGGAAUCCAAUACUUGAUUUUCAAGCGCUGGCCUGUAAUCAAAGGAAUUCAUGUGGAUCGCAUCAUCUCGCCUGUUAUCUAUAUGUACGCAGGUUCCCUGAACGCAGGCGUCAACUCCAUUGUGCUCAGCUCAGUGAUCACCGGGGUUGUCUCUCAAGUUUGGCUUCGUCGAUAUCACCCGGGCUGGUACCAGGAGUACAAUUACAUUCUCGGUGGUGCUCUCGAUGGUGGAGCCCAGACAGUCAUUUUUAUCCUAAGCUUCGCCGUUUACGGAGCAAGUGGGACACCCCGUCCAUUCCCAAACUGGUGGGGAAAUCCUCCAGGGAACAAUGGGGGUCGAGGUGAAUCAAUUGAGAGGAUUCUUAAGCCGACACUGCACGCGAAUCUUUCCCGACAAACUCCGGUACAGGGCCUGAACCUGCGGAACAUUGUUGUGGUUUCAUCCAUCAAAGACCGGUUUGAUGUACCGACACCGAGGAUAUACGGGCUGGAUUGCUCGCGGCUGAGCCUUGGGCUGGACGCGAACCAGGUUCCUGCGAACUACGAGAAUGUUACGAACACCGGCUACUGGUUUCAUCAACUCGUGCGCUUUAUCAUAACCCAACCCGGUUCCACCAAUCCCAGGGUGCUGGAGAAAAACCAGGAACUAGCAUCGGCAUUCAAAUUGCCCCCCAGGGAAGCUCAAAGCAAGUUGAUGCCGAUUCAAGCGCUGUUUGCGAUUCACGAACCGACGUGA